AUGAUAUCUAGAACCGUAGGUGAAUCUAUUCCACCAAAUACCAAACAUGCUGUAUCUGUGUGUCUACCCACUUGGGAAGCCACAGUAGGUUAUGAAGAAGGUGAGAGCGACAUCAUAAACUCGCUUACUACUGGGUAUCCAAGGUUUUUUGUGCACAAGUCAAUAAAAAAACUGUGUGAAGUUUUAUGUGCUAAGUAUUCAAUGGAAAAUGAGACUUGUCUUUGUUUCCCUUCUUAUAGGAUUGCUAACAGAUGCAGAGAGUUCAUCAAAGUGAAGACAGGCCUAUCUACCAAAGUACGUAUCUUACAAUUAUGCACACCUAAGCCUGUGAAUCAGGAGGAGAGGCUUUGGAGGAGGGAGUGUAAAAUUACGGUAGUGUUUGUGGACGAGGAGAUCUUUCCGAUAAUGAAGCAAUACUGGCAGCAUUCCGGCGAAAUUGUAUCCAGCAGAAUGGCGGAGUACAUUCUACAUGAAUUGGAGGUUAAGGAUAACCUUAAGAAGAUGGAAACGACUAACAACGGAAGAAAAUCUGCGGCAGAAGAUGAAAAUAGAGUGAACGAAGAAUAUAUCGAAACGAGAUUUGGAAGAAGCUUGAACUUCCUCGCCGCUGAUAAAGCUAAAUGUUUAAUAAGAAAAAGGAUUGCUACGAAGGUCGUUGAAAAAGUCGACUCUGAAAGCUUAACGGAUCUAUUCUCGUUUGAACAUUAUAACGAAAACAGCGCUCCCUUUACUACUGGUAAUGGAGAGCCUUUGAAUGAUGACCAACAAUUGAAUUCGAAUGUCCCUGCUGAAGCAAUCAACUCUGCAGGAGAGAGUAGUGCGAACAGCACUUUUGAAGACAUGACAACGGAAGAUUUGAACUAUCACGUCAACCCCGAUACAGAUGUUUAUUUAUUCCCCAGUGGGAUGGCGUCCAUUUUCACUGCCCACAGGCUGCUAUUGAAUUUUGAUGCUAACCGUUUAUCAAGGUCUUCCACUAGGCAAGAUAAGCUGGUUGGGUAUGGACCCCCCUUCAAGAAGACCGUUAUGUUUGGAUUUCCAUAUACGGAUACCUUGAGUAUUCUUCGAAAAUUCAAUCACACGCAUUUCUUGGGACAGGGUGAUUCGACGUCAAUGGAUGCUUUGAAAAAAAUUUUACACUCUGGUGAACAAAUACUGGCAGUAUUUAUUGAGGCUCCAUCAAACCCACUUUUGAAAAUGGGGGAUUUGCAGGAACUGAAAAGGCUAUCGGACCUAUAUUCGUUCUAUAUAGUGGUCGAUGAAACUGUUGGUGGGUUUGUCAAUAUCGACGUAUUACCGUAUGCUGAUAUUAUUUGUAGUUCUCUGACCAAAAUCUUCAGUGGUGACUCGAAUGUUAUUGCCGGAUCCUUAGUGUUGAAUCCCAGGGGUAAGAUCUAUGAAUUUGCCAAGAAGUUUAUGAAGAGUGAAAACGGAUACGAAGAUUGCCUGUGGUGCGAAGAUGCGUUAUGCCUAGAAAGAAAUUCAAGAGAUUUUGUGGAACGUACAAUCAAGGUGAAUACAAACACUGAUAUAUUAUUAACGAAGGUAUUACUUCCGCAAGUGGGUAAACUGUUCAAAAAAAUCUACUACCCUAGCUUAACAUCGGAGGAGACCAAACGUAAUUAUGAUAGUGUCAUGGCUACCAGAGAUGGCGGGUAUGGUGGUUUAUUUUCAUUAACGUUUUUCGACAUCGAAAAGGCCAAGAAGUUCUUCAAUAAUCUGGAAUUGUGUAAAGGGCCCUCCCUGGGUACAAAUUUUACGUUGGCGUGCCCAUAUGCCAUUAUUGCGCAUUACCAGGAACUGGACGAAAUAGCUCAAUAUGGUGUUGAAAAGAAUCUUGUAAGAGUGAGUGUCGGUUUGGAAAAUAGCGAUGUAUUGUGUAGGGUCUUUCAACGUGCCAUUGAAAAAGCUGUGGAAGAGUGA